AUGGCGAAGAUGACUCAAACUGCGGGGACUGACGGGGCCCCCGAGAUUUACCCCCCGGAACGUACAUCAGCAGGCAGCGUGUGCGGUUCUCUCGAGGAAAGUGACGAGGACGAACGCCGGUCGCAGUCCAUCGGCAGCCAGGAGCUGGAUCUGGGCGCGACCGGUCCGCUGCUCGAACCGCAAGCGCUGGAGCACGUAGUCUUUGCCAUCAACAGCUUCGCCCAUCGGCUUCUGCGCUAUCUCCCGCGCCAGCAGAACCUUUCUAUCUCGCCCAGUCACCUCUACUGGCUGCUGGUCAGCGUGUGGUUCGGCAGCAAGGGCACCACUAGGGAGCAGCUGGAAGGCGUGCUGCGCUGCGCAGAGCUACCCGUAGCCGGCGACCGAGUACAGGGCUUCUUCAAGAACCUAAUACGCACGCUGAGGGCCCGCGGAAAACAGCAGCGAGUGCAGUUCAUCAGCGCCCUGUACGUGACCUCCGUGGACCGCCUCCAGGACGCCUCGAGCAAGGCACUGCGCGAGAACUUCUACGUGUCCAUCCGCGCACUGCUGGCCGACGCCAGGCCCGAACGCACGAGGAACGAGAUCAACCUCUGGUUCGAGACGAUGUCCCGCGGACACGUGCCCAGCGUCAUAAGCGAAAACCUGCCGACCACCGGCGGGGACGGGUCUUUGUCGGCGUGCUACGUGAUCGCGAGCGCGGCGUACGCCGAGCUCGCCUGGGGUUCUCGGUUCGACCACCACAAGACGGUCCUGGCCAACUUCUACAACAACGGCACCGAACCGUGCAAGGCGCGCAUGGUGCGAACCGUCUCGUACUACCGCUACUGCGCGUCCAAGGCGCUCUCGGCUCGCUGCCUGGUCGUGCCGAGCGUGGGCCGCAAGUGGCACAUGCUGCUCCUGUUGCCCACCGACCGGUGCGGGGUGCACGCUGUCGAGUACCGGCUGGACGCCGAGGCGCUGCAGCAGGCGCUGAAGAGCUGCGACGAGACGCUCGUCGAACUGAGCAUGCCCAACAUCGAGCUCGAGAGCUCCGUGUCACUGCGGCAAGUGCUCAGGCGGGCCGGCCUGGCUGCUCUCUUCGACCCGGAGAAGGCUGACCUAAGCGGCCUCCUCAAGGAGUCUGGCGAGCCUCUCACCGAGUUGGUGCACAAGGUCAAGCUUAGGGUGAAUAAGGUGGGCCACGAAGGAGAACACCACGGCGUCACGGUGAUAAACGAGAGCGGCGAGCACCCCGUCUCGCCAGUCGAGUUCCACAUCAAUCACCCGUUCGUCUUCGUGCUCUACGAACCAGUCAGCAACACGACCAUGUUCGUCGGCAGGGUCGUCGAGUUGAUUUGGUAG